AUGACAAAAAAUAAUCUUGAAUACCAAGUAUUUACACCAUCAUUAUAUUCUUCAAAAGAGGAAAAUAACCAUAAUUCAUCAUCAAUAACACGUAAUGAAUCAAGAAAAUUAAAAAGGAUUCAAUUAAAAAAAUUACAGGCAUAUGAAGUUAUAGAAAAGAUUGAAAAUGCUCCUUGGAAAAAAAUUUUUUCCUUAGAACAUACACAAUAUUUAUGCUUAACCAAUGUUUGUUUUGGUGGGAUUGGGGGUGUAACGACAGAACAAUUAUCGAAUAUUUUUAAGUCGUUUAAUGGUUAUCUUGGAUUAAAGUUAACUCAUGGCAAGCCAUAUUCUUUUAUCAUAUUCAAUACACCUUAUGAUGCAUUUCAUGCAAGAGAAGCACUUCAUGAAAAAUCAUGUGAUGCUUUAAACGGGAAAAUCAUGUUUAUUGAAUACGUUAAUUUGAAUUAUCAAAAUUUUAUAAAACAAAUCAAGAAUUCGGAUAAAAGGGAUAUUCCAGGUUUAAUAUUAAUGGAAGAAUUUAUUACGAUUGAACAAGAAAAAGAGAUUUUACAAGUAAUAUAUUCAACCAAAUCAUGGAUUCCAGUUCAAGAUCGAAUGGUUGUAUUUGGAAUAAAAUUGGCGGAAUUUCCAUUUUAUAUGAAUUCUUUACUUGAGAAAUUAAGAAAUUUAUUUCCAUCAAUACCAAAAUUAGAACAAUUAACUAUACAGAUUUAUCCUAUUGGUACGGGCAUCCCACCUCAUAUGGAUAGUCAUUCUUCAUUUGGUCCAAGUGUCAUCGCAUUUAGUUUAGAAAGUUCCGUUAUAAUGGAAUUUAAAAAUAUAAAGACUAAUAAAGUGGUAAAUAUUGACUUGCCAAGAAGAUCUUUAAUGAUCAUAAAAGAUGAAACAAGGUAUGCGUGGAGUCAUGCCAUAAGAGCUCGGAAGAGUGAUACAUUAGAAAAUGGACAAAUAAGAGAUCGUGGUCAAAGAAUUUCACUUACGUUGCGUACUGUUAAUCCAGAUAGGAUUUGUAAAUGCUCAUGGCCAGAGUUAUGUGAUCGUAAUGUCAACCACUUUGGAUCAAAUAUAGAAACAGGGGAAAGCUAA